AUUGCUCGAAUUACACACAAAAAAAGAAAGAAAAAAAUAGCAUGGAUAUUAUAGAAAAUGAUGAAAAUACGAGAAAACUUUGAAUCACGAUUUAUUCAUGCGGAAAAAAUGUACGAUCUUACCUCAAAAUGGACGUAAAUCGCAACAUGUGCACUUACUACUUUCGUAGAAAUAAGUUCUAUUGAUAACAACACAGCUCGUACACCGUAUCGAACAAAUUGCUAGAAUCUUUGAAUCUUCUUUUGAAAAAUUUUCUAUUAAAUUUUGAUGAGACGGUAACAACUUGUCCGUCGAUCGGUUCUUUUUACCUAGCCUUUUUUCCACGCAAGCGCCAAUGGACACCAUACGCCAUUGUUUCUCUGUAGUCGUUCUCAAUCGUUCAAAGAGUUUUCUACCGUGGAUUGGAAAAAUCUAUUUUUAUCAUCAGACAAUAUGAGCGUAAAAACAGCGAGAAACAUAAGAGAUUAUCAUAACAUUCAUUACAAAUCGGAUGCCGAGUACACGGUACGCGUGGCUAAAAUAUUAUUGACAAUGGUCGGAAUCUGGCCAAGGAGGAACACGUUUUCAAACAACGUUAAAUUUUACGUUCAGACAACAAUAGUCUUUUUCCUCAUGUGUUUCCUCUUAUUGCCACACGUGAUCUAUACUUACUUCGAUUGCGAAAAUCUGACCAAAUACAUGAAGGUGAUAGCCGCCCAGGUUUUCAGCCUUUUGGCGAUCAUCAAGAUCUGGACGAUUCUGAUUAACAGAAAUGAGAUCAGAUUUUGCUUGAUGGAGAUGGAGGUACAGUACAGAGACGUGGAAUGCGAAGAGGAUCGGUUGGUGAUGAUGAACACCGCGAAAAUCGGCCGAAUCUUCACAAUCGUGUAUCUGUUCCUCGGUUACGGAGGUGCCUUGCCCUAUCACGUUAUUUUGCCCCUCAUAUCAGAGAGGAUCGUCAAAGCGGACAACAGUACUCAGAUACCUUUGCCAUACUUGAGCGAUUACGUUUUCUUUGUCAUCGAAGACUCGCCAACUUACGAGAUAACUUUCGUCGUGCAAAUGUUCACCAGUUUCCUAAUAAUGUCUUUGAAUUAUGGGAUCUACAGCUUGAUCGCCUCUAUAACGAUGCACUGCUGCGGUCUGUUCGAGGUCACCAACAGAAGGAUCGAGACGAUUUUAAAAAACCGAGAUUUGCGUGGCCGCAUCGCUGACAUUAUUCAGUCUCAUCUGAAAGCAAUCGAAUAUUCUGCACUGGUUGGAAAAUCACUGAGCAUCGUAUUUUUGUCGGAAAUGCUUGGUUGUACCAUCAUAAUAUGUUUCUUAGAAUUUGGAGUGAUUGUGGAAUGGGAAGAUCAUAAAACAUUCAGUAUGGUAACAUAUUUUGUUUUAGUGACGUCAAUGUUUGUAAAUGUUUUCAUAUUAUCAUUCAUUGGUGAUCGUCUCAAACAAGAGAGUGAAAGAAUAGGACAAACAUCAUAUUUCCUACCAUGGUACGAGUUUCCGACAGAAAUAGCGAAAAAUAUAAGGAUAAUCAUACUUAGAGCUAGUCGACCAUCAAGCCUGUCUGGUGCCAAGAUGUUAGAUCUUUCGCUUCGAGUAUUUUGUGAUGUAAAUUUCAUUGUAUUUCUCACAUUACAUUAUUUUCAACGUAUUGUUGUAAAAAUUCUUGAAAACGAAAAAAUUAUUGUAGGUUUUUAAAACUUCAGCAGCAUAUCUAAAU